AUGAGAAGAGAAUCAAUAUCAAUGUAAGUAUGUGCGUAGACAGUAAUUACAAGUAAUUUGCUACGUCACUGCUUCGGAAUAUUUCACUGACAACAUCGCACAUGUGCAGAAGCUUUUGUUAUAGCUUGCUGGCCUCCGUGAUGCCAUUGGUGCGCCAAGGUCAAGCAGGAUCCAUAGAAAUUGUUCCUUGUUAAUUUUACUUUCAAUGUUGCUAUCCUUACAAGAAAGAAUAUAAAAUUUUACACUUGUGAUAUAUCAUUUAUUUUACCGUCCUUCCUCCUUAAUAAUUAUAUUCGUGAUACAUUAAUUUUUAAUGUAUUUCAAUAAUUUCGAUAAUUUUAGAAUUAGAUUUAUUAUUAGAUACGUAUAAAUUUAAUAUAUUAAAAAAUAAUCAAAUGUAUAUCGGUAUAUAUAUAUAUAUAUAUAUAUAUAUAUUAUGUCGUCUAAUGUCAGUUUGUAAUUUGCGCGUAAGUGUAGUUAUAAAUUUUCUUUUCAAAAGAAACUACUCCACUCGGUGCCGGUUAUUGAAAGAUUUUAAUUAAAAUGAUCGCUAUGUGAACUUGCGCGCUGCUUUUCUUGCUCGAAUCUAUAUUUUUAAGUUUCUUAAAAUUUUCAUGACUCGGUAUGAAAAUUUUAAAGCAUGAAAUUUUUUAAAGUUGUAAUUAAUCUCGAAUGUGACAACUGUCACUCAAUGGAGAACAAUGAAUGGAAAAAAAAAAUGCUGAAAAAUAAUAAUUGUUACGAGAAAUCAAUUAUGUAUCGUGACACUGUGAUCUAAUCACGCAUUAAACUCUACUACUGCUUCUAUAUCUUUCAAUAUAAACACACAGUAUGAAAAGAAACGAGGAAAAGGAAAGCUUUUUCUUUUUGGAGUCGUCUUGUAUUUACAGUUUAAAUUGCUUAAAUUUUGCUAACUUUACACGAUACGUUUAAUAUCCGAUUUCAGAUUUAUACACACUAAGAGAAUCGACGAUUACUUGGUUAUAAAUAUUUAGCAUCGAACUUAUUAUGGGUUUCGAUUUUUAUCUUGGAAAUAUUUGACAUUCUGACUUUUGACAAGAAAAAAUAAUACGAAAAGGAAACGUGAGAUUCCAGUUUUUGUCGAAAGGAUCGGUAAUACUAGUUGGAACACAAGCGUCUCAUCGUUGAACGUACUAUGUAUAUCUAUACACACACACACACACAUAAAGUAGGAUUCUGCGUACAUGUGUGUCCGUCAUCGAUAAAGUUCGGUAAUAAUAACUCGGUGGCGCGAACUGCUCGUUCGCUGAAAGGAUGGACGAAUCGAGGAUGGAAACGGGGAGACUGGAAAAGCUCCGGAUGACUGUCGUCGUCGAGUAACCGAUUCUUGGCCGAAACUGCGCGGCAAUACUCGACGGACAAGCACGAGAAUAUCCGAAGCUGAACUGAACAAAGACGACGACACGUCCGCGGGAUUUGACCUCCGCGAAGCUGACGUAGAGAUUCGUUACAGAUCAAUCCGGUUCAUAUGCGACAGUCUAGCAACUUUGUAUCACCGGUUGACAAAGGUUGUAACAGUAGGGUGAAAGGUGACAAAUCGUCUGGAAAGCUUGGACAAUGGUCGACGACGGUGUAUGUUGUGCGCCUAUGCGCGUGUUUGCAAUAAUGCGUUGUAUCUCGAGAAACGUGGAUAGUCCAUAGUAGGCACAGAGCAUACAAACGUAACUAUAGAGAAACGUGCGUGCGUGCGUAUGACGUAUACAUGUGUGAAUGCAUGUGUGUUGGCACGGACGCCAGGAUUCUUCCUUCCAAUCACACACGCACGCACGCACGCACGCACGCACGCGACGUAUGUACCGAUAUAGCAACAAUAUGAAGAAUUGGAGCGAAGGGAAUUUGGAGCCGUAUUACAAACCGUCCUCUCACCGCUGACUACUAGUCUCGUAGUACGCACUGGUUUCUUCUUUCCUCUCUCUCUCUCGUAUCUCGUAUCAAACUUUCUUCUGUCUUGCCGAUCUUCCCGAACUGUGAACAUCUCUCGGCGAAGAGAAAAGACGUUCUGGCUGAUAGUUGUCGCCGCUGGUGUCGUCGACAACAGCGUUAUAUCGUUGGAAAUAUGCUCGGUAUAGAAGCAUUGGCGGCGUCGGUGUCGUGGUUGGUACUGGUGCUAGCGUUGGUACUGCUGGUGGUUCUAGUGCUUGUGUUGAGAAUGGUGUAGCGCGGGUGUGCGCGCGCGGUGCUACCUCGACGGCAUACAGUGCGGACGGUGGCUUUAGAUUCGAAGCUGCGGAAGAAAGGCCGCGAGCUCGGCCCUACUCCGAUGGCCUGAUACACACUACAAGACGCUGGGCGUGCGGGGGUGACUGGAGUGAUGGGAUGGGGCUAGAGCCCCAUGGAGUUCGGGUAGACCCGUCUCCGGCCCAACUCCCCAGCCCCCUCCGCCAUCGAUAUCGCCACAGCUCCUGCCAGCGUCGCAGAAGGCCGCCUCGAUCGCGAUGGAGGUCUCUAACAAUCAACAACAGAAAAAGGAGCCACGCGUUCACAGGCCUUACGCCUUCGACAAGACACCAUGUUACUGGCCAUGGCAACAUAGAAUCCCGGAUAACGUGGAGUAUGCUAUUUAUCUGGCUAAAAGAACUCUAAGAAACAAGCAACGACACGCUCUCGAAGAAUACGAAAUUGUACGCUUAGCGAAGGAGCGAAAAAAGGGAGAUAAAAUAGUAAGCGAUUCUCAAGAGCGAGCAUUUUGGAGAGUUUACAGGCCGCCGCCUGGUUGUCUGAGCAGUCUGGAAGUAGCACCCGUUCCUACGCGUUUUCGUCCUGGACUUUUGCGUCCUCCUUCGCGUAAACGCACUUUGACCGAUCUGCAACGCGAGGUGGCCCUUUUGAGGAACAGUUUAACGCGUACCAGAAUAAAAGUUUCGGCUGCGAUCGAAAACUUAAAGUCGUACUUUGAUACAUACGUGGAAUAUGAUCCAAUGUUCGUGCAGCCACAACCUUCUAAUCCAUGGGUCACCGAGGAUCAAACAUUCUGGCAGUUGAACAGUCCUCUGUUUGCAAGAGUUCACAAAUUAUUUGAGGAAAGAAUAUAGUCACGAAAAUAUACGAUUUUGGUUGGCGGUGAAAGAUUUGAGGCAUAGUUUUCAAGCACAAGUACCCGACAAAGUCAACGAAAUUUUCAAAGAAUUCCUGGCACCUGGAGCACCUUGCGAAAUAAACAUAGACGGGAAGACGAUGGAAAAAGUACAUCAAGAAAUGAGAAAUCCAACUCGAUUUACAUUCGAUUCCGCCGCUGAACACGUGUACACGUUACUUUUAAAAAAGGAUUGUUAUCCUAGAUUUAUUCGUUCCGAUCAAUAUCGAAAUAUUUUAGCUGCUGUCUGUCUUUCCGUCUGUCGGUCAUUUCAUAGUUUGUGCGUAAUCUUUUCCCUUCAACGGGGCUACGUUCCACGUAGGUUUUUCAGCUUUGGCGUGCAAGCUAGAAAGAAAAUUUCUUCGACUUCGACUACAACGUCGACCUGUACUCCAACGACUACUACGAUUUUACAACAGCACGCUGCUGUUGGCAGUGGAGGAAGCAGCAGCAGCAGCAGCAAACGCAGAGGAAGCGAUCGGAGUCUUUCUGGAUCUGCUCACGAGUUGGCCGUCUGCGGUGUUCGAGAUACAACGUCGGUGACUAGAGUGCCGCAUUCGCACAGUCAGUCGAAUCUCACCGACAUUCCAUAU